ACUAAUAACACAAAUCUCUCCGCAUUUGUCUAUUCUCUGUGGAAACUUUAGAAAUCGCUUUUUUUAAAUUGACGUUGUUGACCAGCAGUUACGCUGUAAUUGCGACAUUUCCCAGCGUGCCGUGAAGGCAGCAGAGAGAAAACGCUCCCGGUGACGGAGCAGAGGCAGAAAAGCGGCUGGGAGCUGCCAGCAUCGUCUCAAACCGUCGCAGGACAGAAAAAAAAAGCUCCGGGUCAGCGGAGAGAGAGAGAUGGACACGCCGGGGAGGAUAGUAGCCACACCGGACGCCCUGGACUUCACGGUGGAAAACGUAGAGAAGGCACUCCAUCAGUUGUACUAUGAUCCCAAUAUAGAAAACAAGAAUCUGGCCCAGAAAUGGCUAAUGCAGGCUCAGGUCUCGCCUCAGGCCUGGCAGUUCUGCUGGGCCCUACUGAGCCCAGAUAAGGUACCAGAGAUCCAGUAUUUUGGUGCCAGUGCACUUCACACCAAGAUCUCUCGCUACUGGUCCGACAUCCCCACAGACCAGUAUGAGUCUCUGAAGACCCAGCUGUUCUCCCAGAUUGCCUGCUUCUCCUCCGGCUCCAAGAUGGUGCUCACCCGACUAUGUGUGGCCUUGGCCUCUCUGGCGCUCAACACAAUGCCCGAGGCCUGGCCUGGCGCGGUGGCAGAGAUGGUGCGGGUGUUCCAGGAGGAGGGGGGAGGGGUGGAUGGACGGGCACGCUGCCUGGCAUUGCUGGAGCUGCUCACCGUCCUGCCUGAGGAGUUCCAGACCAGUCGCCUGCCACAGUACCGAAAGGGACAGGUUCGGGGUGCCCUGGGCCGGGAGUGGGGGUCAGUAUGUCCCUUACUGCAGCAACUGCUGCGAAGGACGGACAGCCCCGGGGCGGUGAAAGCUCGCGUACUGCGCUGCCUGUCAUCCUGGGUGCUGCUGGAUGUGCCCCUAAGUGAGAGCGAAGGCCUGGUGCACGACUGCUUCAGCGCACUGCCUGACCCAGAGCUCUUCGACACAGCGGUGGAGGCUAUAGUCAACGCCAUCUCGCAGCCCGACUCCCAAAGAUACGUGAACACUUUGCUGAAACUGGUUCCCCAAGUGCUGGCUCUCCAGGAACAGCUCAGAGAGGCUGUUCAGAAUGGAGAUAUGGAGGCCUGCCAUGGUAUCUGCAGGAUCGCCGUUACACUGGGAGAAAACCACUCCAGGACUCUGUUGGAGCAGGUGGAUCACUGGCAGAGCUUCCUGGCUUUAGUCAACAUGAUCAUGUUUUGUACAGGCAUCCCCGGCCACUACCCAGUCAACGAGACCACCAGCUCGCUCACACUCACCUUCUGGUAUACGCUACAGGAUGAAAUAAUGUCAUUCGAGUCGGAUAAGCAGGCAGUGUAUCUGCAGGUCUACAGGCCAGUAUAUUUCCAGCUAGUGGAUGUUCUGCUACAUAAAGCCCAAUUUCCCUCCGACCAGGAGUACGCGUCUUGGUCCUCGGAUGAGAAAGAGCAAUUCAGGAUCUACAGGGUUGAUAUCUCAGACACACUCAUGUACGUUUACGAGAUGCUGGGAGCAGAGCUGCUGAGUAACCUGUAUGAUAAACUAGGGAGACUGUUGACUAAUGCGGAGCAGCCCACAUCAUGGCAGCACACAGAAGCUUUACUGUACGGCUUCCAGUCCAUAGCGGAGACGAUAGAUGUGAAUUACUCUGACGUCAUCCCAGGCCUGAUAGGACUCAUCCCCAGAAUCAGCAUCAACAACGUCCAACUAGCAGACACAGUGAUGUUCACUAUAGGUGCUUUGGCUGAAUGGUUGGCUGACCACCCGGUGAUGCUCAGCAGUGUCUUGCCCUUGGUGCUUCAGGCUUUGGGGAACCCAGACCUUUCUGUUUCUUCUGUUUCUACGCUGAAGAAAAUUUGUAGGGAGUGCAAAUAUGACCUGCCACCCUACGCAACCAACAUAGUAGCUGUGUCUCAAGAGGUGCUUAUAAAGCAGAUCCACAAGACAAGUCAGUGUAUGUGGCUGAUGCAAGCGCUCGGCUUCCUGCUCUCCGCUCUCCCUGUGGAAGACAUCUUAAGAAACCUUCACUCGCUCAUCACCCCUUACAUUCAGCAACUGGAGAAGCUAGCAGAUGAGACGCCCAAUCCCUCCAAUAAAUUAGCUAUCAUCCACAUCCUGGGGCUGCUGUCCAACCUCUUCACCACACUCGACAUCAGCAAGCAGGACGAUGAGUCAGCCGACGGCUCAGCACCACCCGUCAAAACAACCCCGCCUCCACCUGGACCAAACCCAGUGGUGGUGGUUUUGCAGCAAGUGUUUGCUCUCAUACAGACUGUGCUCAGUAAGUGGCUCAACGACUCGCAGGUUGUCGAGGCGGUGUGCGCCAUCUUUGAGAAGUCUGUGAAGACUCUGCUCCACGACUUUGCUCCCAUGGUGUCUCAGCUGAGCGAGAUGCUUGGGCAGAUGUACAGUACGAUUCCCCAGGCGUCAGCCCUCGACCUCACACGACAGAUGGUGCAUAUCUUUGCCAGCGAGACAGACCACUUCCCACCCAUCAAGGCUCUGUUUGAGCUGGUUACCUCGGUAACACUAUCCAUCUUCCAGCAAGGACCCAGGGAUCAUCCUGAUAUUGUUGAUUCAUUUAUGCAACUCCAAGCUCAGGCCCUCAAACGGAAGCCCGAUUUGUUCUUGUCUGAGAGUCUUGACGUGAAAGCAGUGUUCCACUGUGGAGUUUUGUCGCUCAAAUUCCCAGAGGCUCCGACAGUCAAGUCGACGUGCUUGUUCUUUACUGAGCUGUUACCGCACUGCUCAGAUGUGCCUCCACUGGCCAGAGUGGUGCAGGAGGAUGGAAAGUUGUUGAUCCAGGCCGUGCUGGAGGGCAUCGGCGGCGGAGCGUCUCGAAACUUGAUGGACCAGUUUGCAGAAGUGCUUUUCUGUCUAAACAAGCACUGCUUUUCUCUGCUCGCUAUGUGGUUGAAGGAUGCGCUGCAGCCUCCGGGGUUCCCGUCAUCGCGGGUCACGACCGAACAGAAAGACAACUUCUCAAAUCAGAUACUCAGAGAACGAGUGAACAAGAGGAGGGUGAAGGACAUAGUGAAGGAGUUCACGCUACUGUGCAGAGGGCUCCACGGUACAGAGUACGCCGCUGAAUACUGAAACUCUACCCUCGAACUCUCACCUCACCGUGACCUCUGCCCUCAGCGCAAAACAGCUGGAUGCCACAACAAUACAGUUCUCACUAAGAAACCCCCCCCAUCAGUGAAGAUAUCAUGAAAUGAUUGUAACGAUAACCGGCCCCGACGCAGGACAAGACAUGGAACCAUUCCAGCACAGACCUGCCAUCAGAUUAAUGGACAAACAUUAAAUCCCUGGUGGCUUUAGGGAGGCUGUCCUCUCUGCUCCGAUUUAUUAUUUUUUCUGUUAUAAGAUUGAUUGUCUCUCUCUCUCUCUCCUUCUAUCUCUCUCUCUCUCUCCUCUUAUUUAAAGGUCUUUUCUGUGGAAGAGCUUUGAGCAGCACUCCCAGCAUGCUGCCUCACGCCUCCUUCUAUCUCCGUCUUGUUCUGCCUUUCUAGAUCUUCCCGUGGUUCCUAGGCUGUUUCCUGGUGAUUAGCAUCCAUUAAUGAAAUGGUAGUGGUAUCGUACGUAGCUACUUGACAUUAUUUUUCAAAAUAAAUCUAAUUAAUUAUAUAAAUGUAUAUGUAUACACAUAUAGAAAGACGGUGGUUUGUCAGUCCUGCUGCUGCUAACGGGAAGAGAGGAAGGCCCAAUGUCAGGAGGAGAUUCUGCAGGAAAAAUUACAGUUAAUACCAUAAUAUUUACUCCCACUCAUGCCCCUGUGAUCUCUACAUUUGCCAAAUGAUCAUGUUUUGUGAACUUAUUUUGUUAUAUAUGCCUUUUUGCAGGGCAUGAGUGGAGAAAGAAAACCGAUUUUUAAAAAAAACAACAACACAUAACUGGACUAGUCUUUGCCCCGUCGUCUCGCGUACAAGGCUGUACCUCAUGUACAUACAGUCCCACAGAGUCAUACUGCAGUCUCCUCGGCUCGUAGGGAGUGGUGUUUAUGCAUUUGGUCCCCUUAGGUAAAAGCAGGACUGCCUUAGACUGAAGGCUGGAGGGGAGGAAAAAGGAAUUAUAGUAGCUGGCAGUGAGAAAGAGGCACAAGUUGGAAAACAGAGAAGGGAACUGAGGGUUUGUAGGGAUUCAUAAUCCUGACGACGGACUGCUUAGUCACUGUAAUCGUGCAAAAAUAUUAAUCAAGUUGUGCAUAUUAACAGUUAUUGCUGAACACUUCUGUGUAUUUGGGUGUAUGCGUGUGUUCAUACUUGUAUGUAAGUAUGUAUGUAUGAGAGGUUGUGUGUGUGCGCGUGUGUGUGUGUGUGUGUGCACACAGAUGUAUCUUUUUUCCACUUGUUCAGUGCACUUAUAUUGGACCUACAGUACACAUCCAUGACUUCCUCCUAUCUUUUAAACAAAGAGCCCGUUCAUUUCUUCACACCGCACUCAUUCAGACUGACCAGGCAUGUUCAGUAUUUCACCUCCGCUGCUUCACCCGGCGAUCACACACAUCUAUUUAACCUCCUUAUCCUCUGGAAUGGCCAGCCAGCGGUAAUCAUUGACCAGACUCAUCUAUCUAUCUAUCUGUCUGUUAUUGACACUGCUCCUAACAAGAAAAGACAAAAAAAAAAAAAGCUUGUGGAGAAGCCAGCCCAAAUCUUUUUCAUCCAUCUGGUCACUUGCCUUUGGAGACGACCAAGAAGGAUUAGAGAGUUCAAAAGAUCUCUGAGAAAGUUUUUUCAGCAUUUGCAACUAAGAAUUAACGGCGACCUUCUGCGCUCAUCCAUUUACGCCACAGACAUUAUUGGUGAAGUGAUAUGACGGCUGCAAAACACACACACUCGUCUCGUGAAUCAGAACAAACCAGUCGACACAUCAUAACGACGCUCAGCAUCGAAAUGUACUUUGUGGUCUCUGAUAAACUUUAUCUCAGUCUAAUCCUUCUGUCUUAUCCGAGGUGCCUGCAGACAUGUAGCAUGUAUGUGUUUUGUGGGGGGGGGUUGGGGAGGGUGCUCGAGGUUCAGAGGGGGAUGAACAUAUUCAGUGUGUGAGACGCUGCAGAAAGAUUUAGACUGAGACCUGAAGCGGGAAUCGUUCCCGUCUCCAGGUCUGAUCUGAACAGUGAAUGAUUGGGCGUUCGACGCUGAUCCUCGGUCUGUCUUGUGGUCUCAUUCUGAGGUGGGAAACUCAAACAACGUUUGUCACAGUUUAUAGAAAGAGUCGUAGGCGGAGGAGGGGAGGGAGGUAUGAAAUGUACAUUGUUUUUUUUGUACCUUGGCUUUAAUUUAUUAAAUAUAUCUAAGAGUGCA